AUGGUGUUGAGCCAAUUGGCCUACGAGACCCGCUAUCCCGGCUGUACUUGUGGGAUGGACCAUCGACAUGUGCAACAAUGCCUCGAGUUGACAGUAAAAUGUGAGGAUGAUCAAAAGGAGCACAUCCUCCAGUACCAACUCACCAAGGAAAAGUCGCGAAAGACGAGGAAUGAUUUCAAUCUACCGGCGACUCCGGAUUACUGGCAUGAAAUGGAAUUUGCAAAGCCCGUCGUAACCAAGGAGGAAUCAUCUUUGCUUGCCCUGCAACAAGAAAAGCCAUCCGACCGAGGCCUUUUUGAGGAAUCCGAUUCGGAGGAUGACCACAACAGUGAGCCCGCCCCAGCCAAAAAGCUUGCACCGAAAAAGCCGGCACCUCCUGCAUCCGACGAGAAGCUCUUUGCCGAUUCCGAUGACAGUGAUUGA